GGAUCCCUGAGGGAUGGAUGAGCAAGAUCAAACAGGCCGUGUCGGUAACUAGCGGGUCGGUGCGGUACAAGACAAUAGGCAAAGGAUAGUCGGGGUCACAAGCCGGGUUCAGUAACUCACGGGCAGCGUGGUACAGGGGAUCAGGCAGAAGGAUGGUCAGGCAAGCCAGGGGUUCAACAGGAGACAGUCAGCAGAGGUCAGGAUCAAGCAGGGUCAGCAACGAAGCAGGAACACAGGAUACCAGGUACAGAGGCUCAUGGGAAAGCAUACACCAAGGCCCAGAUCACAGGCCUGGCCAUGCCUUA